AUGGAUCUCCUUACUGGUUCAAGCUUGUCGGGAAUGUACAACCUUGCAAGAGAUUCUGUUCCCUCUGGGCAGGGCAUACUGCUGCAAUUUUCAUCAAUGAAACCGAUGCAGUUGGGGAAUCUUAAUCCUGCUGGCCGGAAUGAUUGUGAAAGCUCAGAGAGCGCCGUCCGUGUAGCUUUCCAGGAUCUGAGAUUUCUGUCUACAUUUAUCGAUCCAAACUGUUUACCAACCUUCCAUUUUUAUUUCGAUCCCAUGUAUAAACUUGCUGCCACAGCAGCAGCUUAUGACUGGAACCCUUUUCGUUUCUGGCUGGAAAAGGUUAUGGAGGCCGGACCUCUAAAAUUUAGAAAGACAACGGCACGCCUAACUCGCUAUGCAAUUUUGUUGGCCAAGAUCUGUCUUCUGCAUCCUCUGAAGCACAAAGUUGCAAGUCUUCAGAAGGGACUCCUUUUUUUGGUUGAUGUAGUAACUGAUAAUGAGGAUGAGAAGUCAAUCUUAACAGAUAGUGAAGUUGUGGCCGCCGGGGCACUAUAUGUCUGUAACACAUUUUCUCUUGAUGACAGUCUUACACAAGAAGGAGUCAAGGAAAUGGACGUUCGCCUUUUUAAUUUGUUAGAAAAGGUCCUGCAUUUGGUAAAACUCAGAGGGUGUUUCCAAUUGCCAAAAUUUAGUGCCCCAAAGAUUCCGGGUUUGUGCUUUAUCGAACUUCUCAUUCAAAACACGAGAGAUCUGCUUAACCGUAACCAUUACUCCACUGCAUAUGCAACUCACAAAAUCAAAGCCAUUUGUGCAGAUUUGGAUGUCAUCAUAUCUACAUUUCGGGAUGUUUUUGAGGAAGGCAUUGAAGAGCAGGAUAAUAUUCUUAUGCGACUUGUAGAAGUGGCAUAUCAGACAGAACACGCCAUUGGCUUAGUGUUGAAUGAAAAUAAUCAUGAGUGGGAACACUUUAUAUGGCUGGAUCAUCUGUUUGAAGAGAUUAGGCAUAUCAAGAUUCAGAUUGCAAAUCUUGAUGAGAAUAACGAGAGUAACAGUAAUGAAGGAACCCCCAAUCUAGCACAACAGCAUAUGAUGAUGCCUAUUGCGUCAAAAGCUGUCACAACAACGGUUAAGGAAGUUAUGGUUGGACUUAAUGAUCAUAAGAAUGAGAUAAUUGAUCGACUUACUAGGGGAAAACAACGAGAUACUGUCUCAGUUGUUGGAAUGCCGGGAAUUGGAAAGACCACCUUAGUAACUAAUGUGUUUUGCAAUCAAACUAUUAUGUAUCACUUCGAUGUCCGUGCUUGGAGCUGUGUUUCUCAAAGAUAUAAAAAGAGAGAUUUGUUGCUUGAUAUCUUGAGUAACAUUAUCUCUAUCACGGAUAUCAUCAUUGAGAAGAGUGAUAAUGAUCUAGCUGAACUCUUGUACAAACAGUUGAAGGGAAAAAGGUACCUUAUAGUCAUGGAUGACAUGUGGAGCACAAGGGCAUGGGAUGAUUUGCAGCUCUCAUUUCCAGAUGACUCAAAUGGUAGCAGAAUUUUGAUAACAAGUCGUCUCGAGAAUGUGGUUUCCAACAUUAGUUAUCCUCAUUCUCUCCGUCCACUCUCUGAGGAAGAAAGCUGGGAUUUGCUAAAAUUAACGAUUUUUCAGGAAGAAGAGUGUCCUCUGGAGCUGUUAGAAGUUGGUCGACAGAUAGCAAUAAAUUGCAAAGGAUUGCCUCUGGCAAUCAAUGCAAUAGCUGGUCUUCUUAGUAGGACUUGUGGAAAGAGCCAAGAUAUGUGGAAUCAAAUUGCUGACAGUGUAAGCUCGCGGGUUGUAAAUGAUCCAGAAGAUCAAUGCAAGAACAUAUUGGAGGUCAGCUACUAUCAUUUACCUGAUCAUUUGAAAGCUUGUUUACUUUAUUUUGGAGCAUUUCUUGAGGACGAUGACAUUCCAGUUUGGAGAUUGCAGUGGUUGUGGAUCGCAGAAGGAUUUGUACGUAAAUCAGAGUCAAAGAGCUUGGAGGAUCUUGCUGAGGAAUACUUAAUGGAUCUAAUUGGUGCAAGCCUUGUCAUAGUGGCUAAAAGAAGAUCAAAUGGAAAGGUAAAAACAUGUCGAGUUCAUCAUGUGGUACGUGAUUUGUGUCUGUUAAGAGCUAAAGAAGACAAUUUUUUGCUGUACAUUUCUGCUAGAACUUACAAGGAGUAUCGACUUUGUUUUUGUGUGAAUCGAGAACACUUUGUUGUGUCGAAACCUUCUGGUCCAUUUGUCCGGUCUCUACAUUUUUUUGCCACUUCUGAUAUGUACCCUAGAUGCCCUUAUGAUGUCUCUUUUAUUCCUGCUAACUAUAGCCAUCUUAGGGUGUUAGAUUUGGAAUCCAUCAAUAUUGGUGCAUCUUUUGAAAAUGGAAUAGACCUGCUCUUUGAUUUGAGAUAUCUAGCUGUUUGUAGUGAUAUGGAGUCCAUCCCGCCAUCUUUGUCCAACCUUGAAAAUCUAGAAAGUUUACUUGUGAAGAGUUUGAAGAGUAAAGUUGUGUUACCAGAGACCAUAUGGAGGAUGAGAAAGUUGAGGCAUAUACGUGUAACUAAUUGUGCUAUCUUUUCUUGGGGGUUGACCGAAGAUAAAAAUUCCUCCGACUGUGAGGCACUUAGCUUGGUAUCUCUUUCUUUUCCAUGUUUUACAUGUGGGGAGGCAACUGAUGAGAUGAUGAUGAGGUUUUCCAACCUUCGAAAAUUGAAGUGCAUGGUUUUAAACUCUAGAGGUGUUCCAACGAGUUCUUCUACAUUUCCUGCAUUCGAGUCGUUAUGUAAAUUGGAGUCCCUGAAUGUAUCAUACUAUGGCAAGGACCUUGAUGCUAGUAAAUUGAGCGUUCCUUCUCGUAUAAAGAAGUUAACGUUAUCAAACUUCCGCCUGCCAUGGAGUCAAAUCUCAGUGAUAGGAAGAUUGCAGAACCUGGAAGUCCUGAAAUUGGAAUCUGAAGCAUUUGAAGGUCCAAGCUGGACAAUGGAAGAAGGGGAGUUUCUCAAUCUCAAAUAUUUGAGAUUGAACGCACUAAAUAUUGUCCAAUGGGAUGCCUCCAUUGAUAUUUUGUUGCCAAAGCUUGAGCAGCUUGUUGUGCGAAAUUGCCCGAAGCUUGAGCAGGUCCCGUCUGACUUUGUCUACAUCCCGAUGCUACAGAAGAUUGAGGUUCAACAAUGUGCAAUUUCUGUUGAAGAGUCUGUUAAAAGAAUCGAGGAAGGAGCUCUGCAAUCCCAGGCUCCCAGCCAAAAUAUAAACAUUAUGUUCUCAAAACUAAAAUUAUCAAUCUUCGAAAAAAGGUGUUUAUCUAUCGAUUCAACAAUGAUGGUGAUCUUGAUCACCAGAAGAAUGCCACUGCUGAAUCGUUCGACUUGGAGAAAAUUGAUGACAGCGUGUCAGAGAUCAGUGGGAGUGAGAAGGAAAUGCCAGCUUGAAAAGCUGCUGGAGGACAUUAUUCUAGAUGUCUCCAGAGAAUGUGAUCAUCAUCAUCAGGAAAGAUUCUUUUCUUCUUUUAUCAGUUAUAUAAUUGGUGUCAGAUAUGAAUUUGAACUUGUGCGCAACGAAUUGCUGUUCCUACUUACACGCCAGAGCAUGAUGGAAGAGGAAUUGUUAGAAAUUAGAGAACAAAAUGCAGAAGCACUAACGAUGGGCCAAAAGUCCUCAUCUCUUCCUGGUGUUAUUUACAUCAAGUUAUUGAAGCCUAGAUUUGCAAAUGUAGUAAUUAAUAAAGAGGAUGAGAAGCCGAUCUUGACGGACAUUGAUGUUGUGGCUUCCGGAGUAAUAUCUGUCUGUAACACACUUUCUGUUGAUAAAAGUCUCACAGAAGAAGGAGUCAAGGACGUGGAUUUUCGGCUUCUUGAUUUUACGAGAGAUCUGCUUAAUCAGUUGGCUUUCAUGAUAUCUACAUUUCGGGAGAUUUUUGAGCAGGGCAUCGAGAUUCAGAAGCAUGGUGAUCUUCUUACGCUGCUUGUAGACAUUGCAUAUCAGGUGGAACAUGCCAUCGGCUCAGUGUUGAAUGAGAAGAAGGAAGCUUGGCAACAUUUGUUAUGGCUGGAUCAUCUGUUGGAAGAGACUAGGCAUAUAAAGAUGCAGCUUGCAGAUUAUGACGGGAACAACACUUUCAGUGGAGAAGGAGUUGCCACCACACUAACUGCAACUGAAGAAGUUAUGGUUGGACUCGAUGAUCAUAAAAAGAAGAUCAUUGAUCGACUCACCUCAAAUGAAAAGCAGCUGGGUAUCAUCUCAAUUGUCGGAAUGCCAGGAAUUGGAAAAACCACCUUGGCGAAUAAUGUGUUCCGAGAUAAAAUGGUGACGUCUCACUUCCCAGUUUGCGCUUGGAGCUGUGUAUCUCAAAGAUAUAAUAAGAGAGACUUGUUGCUUAAUCUCCUGGGACACAUUAUCUCUAUCACAGAUGACAUCAACGAGAAGGAUGAUAAUGAUCUGGAAAACUUAUUGCGUAAAGCGUUGAAGGGAAAAAGGUAUCUGAUAGUCAUGGAUGACAUGUGGAGUACGAAGGCAUGGGAUGAUUUGCGGCUCUCAUUUCCAAAUGACCAAUACGGUAGCAGAAUUUUGAUAACGAGUCGUCUGGAGAACGUGGUUUCAAGCAUUAGUGAUCCUCAUCCUCUCCGUCCACUCUCUGAGGAAGAAAGCUGGGAUUUGCUAAAGUUGAAGAUUUUUCAGGAAGAGGAGUGUCCUCUGGAGCUGUUGGAAGUUGGUCGACGAAUUGCUAUAAAUUGCAAGGGAUUGCCUCUGGCAAUCAGUGCAAUAGCUGGUCUUCUUAAUAGGACUUGCGGAAGGAGCCGAGAUAUGUGGAAACAAAUUGCAAACAACGUAAGCUCACGGCUGGUUAAUGAUCCAGAAGAUCAAUGCAGGAAUAUAUUAGAGCUCAGCUACAAUCAUUUACCUGAUCAUUUGAAAGCUUGUUUGCUUUAUUUUGGUGCAUUUCGAGAGGACAGUGAAAUUCCAGUUUGGAGAUUGCAAUGGUUAUGGAUCGCGGAAGGAUUCAUUAGCAAAUUGGGGUCUAAAAGCUUGGAGGAUCUUGCUGAGGAAUACUUGAUGGACCUAGUCGGUAGAAAUCUUGUCAUAGCGGCAAAAAGAAAAUUGAACGGUAAGGUGAAAGCUUGUCGAGUGCAUGAUGUGGUACGGGAUUUGUGCUUGCUGAGAGCUAAAGAUGACAAUUUCUUGCUGCAGAUAACUGCUGAUGAUGAACCUUAUUCUUCUUUUACUGAUUUAGACCCUGAUGUCCCGCUUGAGCUUUUCAUUACUUCCAACGACACAACAUACAAUGAAUAUCGGCUGUGUUUCUGUGUGAACCGAGAACACUUUGCUGUAUCAAAGUCAUCUGGUCCAUUUGUUCGAUCUCUAUUAUUCUUUGCCACUUCUGAUAUAUACCCAAGAUGCCCUUAUGAUGUCUCCUUCAUUCCCAUCAACUAUAGACGUCUCAGGGUGUUGGAUUUGGAAUCCAUCAACAUUGGCGCCUCAUUCGAAAAUGGAAUUGAACUGCUCGUUGAUCUGAGAUAUCUGGCUGUUUGUGGUGAUAUGGAAUCUAUCCCAGCCUCGCUGUCCAACCUAGAGAAUCUCGAAAGUUUACUUGUGAAGAGUCUAAAGAGGAAAGUUGUGUUACCAGAGACCUUAUGGAGGAUGAGAAAGCUGAGACAUAUAUAUGUAACUAAGUGUGCUAUCUUUACUUGGGGACGGGCCGAAGAUGGAGAUUCUUCUCAGUUGCUUAGUCUGGUAUCACUUUCUUUUCCAUGUCUUACAUGUGGGGAGGUAACUGAUGAGAUGAUGAUGAGGUUUCCGAACAUUCGAAAAUUGAGGUGCAUUAUUUUAAAACCAUUAGGUGGUUCGCCAGGCUUCUCUCCAUUUCCUGCAUUCAGCUCACUAUGCAAGUUGGAGUCACUGAAUAUGUCAUACCACGGAAAGGUCCUCAAUGCUGGCGAGUUGAACUUUCCUUCCGGCAUAAAGAAGUUGAUGUUAUCAAACUUCCGGCUGCCGUGGAGCCAAAUGUCAGUGAUUGGAAGAUUGCCGAACUUGGAAGUUCUGAAAUUGGGUUCUAAAGCAUUUGAAGGGUCAACCUGGACAAUGGAAGAAGGGGAGUUUCUCAAUCUCAAGUACUUGAAACUGGAGACACUAAAUAUUGUCCAUUGGGAUGCUUCCGUUGAUAAUUUGCUACCUCAGCUUCAGCAGCUCAUUGUUCGAAAUUGCGUGAAGCUCGAGGAGAUCCCUUCAGAUUUUGUCUACAUCUCAACAUUAGAGAAGAUUGAAGUUCAACAUUGUGGAAUUUCUGUUGAAGAGUCUGUAAAAAGAAUCGACGAAGAAGGAAUUGAAGGGCUCCAGAUUAGUUCCCGCGGAUGCAAGUUACCUAAUCGCAGCCAUCUUAUUUCUGUACUGCGUCUGAGGGUAUUGGAUUUUGAAUCCAUCAAUGUGGGUGCCUCCUUUGAAAAUGGAAUAGAACAGCUGGUUGAUUUGAGAUAUCUAGCUGUUUGUGGUGAUAUGGAGUCUAUCCCACCGUCAUUGUCCAACCUAAAGAAUCUAGAAAGUUUACUGGUGAAGAGUUUCUGUUGCAAAGUGGUGCUACCAGAGAGUGUAUGGAGGAUGAGAAAGUGGUGGCAUGUAUGUGUAACUGAUUCUGCUGUCUUCAUUUGGCAAGUUGGAGUCACUGAAUAUGGGAAUGCCCUUGAUGCUACUAUCCUCCAAACUACUUGCUUAUUAGGAGUUCCCUCACAUGGAAAUCUGCAGGAAGAACAGAACCCAUUGAUACGCCAAGUCACAGACACUCAUAAUAUCCUCCCAUCUUCUCCUCUUUCGAAUCUUUUAGGCACAGUCACCGAGCUUAAAUUCAAGUCCUUCAUCCAAGAGUACGGGAAAAGCUACUCUACCCACCAGGAGUACCUCCACCGAUUAAGGGUGUUUUCUAAGAACCUUAUCAAGGCGGCGGAGCAUCAGGCCAUGGAUCCCACCGCCGUCCACGGCGUCACCCAGUUCUCCGAUCUCACCGAGGUUGAGUUCGAGAGUAUGUACCUGGGCGUUAAAGGUGGCAGUGCUGCUGGGACCCACUUGGGUGGUCACGCUUUUGGCAGUGGUAAUAUUGCUGCAACGGAAGAUGAUGCGAGUGAAUUGCCUGAAGAUUUCGAUUGGAGAGAUAAAGGUGCUGUGACUGAUGUCAAAACACAGGGGCGUUGUGGAUCAUGUUGGGCUUUUAGCACUACUGGAGCCGUUGAAGGAGCUCAUUUUAUUGCAACAGGGAAGCUUCUCAACUUAAGUGAGCAGCAGCUUGUUGAUUGUGAUCACCAGUGUGAUAUACGGGAAAAAGACUCGUGCGAUGCCGGGUGCCAUGGGGGACUAAUGACAAACGCUUACAACUAUUUAAUAGAGGCAGGCGGGAUAGAAGAAGAAGCUACCUAUCCUUAUACUGGGAAGAAAGGAGAAUGCAAAUUUAAGCCUGAAAAAAUUGCUGUCAGAGUCCGCAAUUUCACCACCAUCCCGGUCGACGAGUCUCAAAUUGCUGUCAAUUUAGUCCGCAAUGGUCCACUUGCAAUUGGAUUGAAUGCAGUGUUCAUGCAAACCUACAUUGGUGGAGUGUCUUGUCCUCUGAUUUGCGGCAAGAAGUACAUCAACCAUGGUGUUCUGCUUGUGGGUUAUGGGUCGAGGGGGUAUUCGAUUCUCAGACUUGGCCACAAACCGUACUGGAUCAUCAAGAAUUCUUGGGGGAAACGGUGGGGAGAACACGGGUACUACCGGCUUUGCCGAGGUUACAACAUGUGUGGGAUGAACUCCAUGGUUUCUGCUGUGUUGACGCAGACCUCUUAA